AUGAGGAUUUCUAUUGCUCUGUUGGGAGCUUUCCAGUUCUUAUCGGGAUUCUGUCAGGCAGUGACACACACGUUUGACUGGAAUGUGACAUGGGUUAUGGCGAAUCCAGAUGGCCUUGCUGAACGCAAAGUCAUUGGCAUCAAUGACCAAUGGCCUCUCCCAACCGUUGAUGUGAACAAAGGAGACCGUGUGGUUGUCAACAUGCAUAAUGGUCUCGGUGACAAAACCACUUCCAUUCACUGGCACGGAAUGUACCAGAAUGGGACCAAUGACAUGGAUGGUCCUUCGAUGGUCACGCAAUGUCCAGUGGGUCCAGGGUCAAGCAUGACCUACAACUUCACGGUCAAUCAGAACGGCACAUAUUGGUAUCACUGUCACACGGAUUACUGCUAUCCUGAUGGUUACAGAGCGCCAUUCAUUGUUCAUGAUGAAGAGUCCUACUUCUACGAUGACUACGAUGAAGAAAUGGUCCUCACAAUGACUGAUUGGUAUCAUGACAUGACCGAGGACAUCGGUCCUGAGUUCAUGUCGUUGUACAAUCCAACUGGAGCCGAACCUAUCCCCAACUCUUUCUUGUUCAACAAUUCGGUCAGCCAAAGCUAUCCAGUUGAGGCUGGUAAGACCUACCUCCUUCGACUGAUCAAUAUCGCUACCUUUGUGGGUCAAUAUUUCUGGAUUGAAGACCACCAAAUGCGCAUUGUCGAAAUUGAUGGUAUCUACGUCGAUGAGACGGAAGCAGACCUUUUGUACAUUUCUGCUGCCCAGCGUUACUCAGUAUUGGUUACCAUGAAGAAUUCUACUGAAAGGAACUACGGCAUGGCUAUGGUAGCCGAUUCAUCUCUUCUUGAUUUGAUCACGCCCGAUCUUUUGCUCAAUCAAACCAAUUGGCUGGAGUACAACCCGAGUGCCCCUCACAACGAGGUGACAUUGCCCGUGGAGGACUCAUCAGACCUCUAUCCCUUUGACGAUAUGACCCUUGUCCCACAUGACCGUGUAGAGCUGUACAAAAACCCGAAGCAGACCAUCGAGCUCAUUUUGGUCAUGGACAAUCUCGACAACGGCAUGGGAUACGGCCUACUGAACGACCACAGCUACACCAAGCCAAAGGUCCCUACACUCUACACCGUUAUGUCCGCCGGUGACCUCGCAACCGAUGCAACAGUGUACGGAGAGUAUACUCAGUCUGUCGUUCUCGAGAAGUACGAUGUUGUAGAGAUUAUUCUCAGCAACCAAGACUCAGGCACUCACCCCUUCCACUUGCACGGCCACGCAUUUCAACUUUUGGAUCGAUUCCCAUCGUACGGUGAGAACUUCUACGAUUACGACGCCGGAACUGAAUUCGCAACCUUUGACCCGUCCAACCACACCGAGUUCCCCGCCUAUCCCGCGCGUCGUGAUACUUUCGUCCUUCCUCCCGGCGGAUACUAUGUCAUCCGCUUCCUCGCGGACAACCCCGGUGUCUGGCUCUUCCACUGCCACAUUGACUGGCACAUGAUGCAAGGUCUUGCGAUGACGUUCAUCGAGGCUCCUCGUGAGCUUCAAGAUAGCCUCGUCAUUCCUGAUGGUCAUAUCAAGGUCUGCGAGGCAGCCGGUGUCCCCUACGAGGGAAAUGCUGCUGCCAACACAGAGAAUUAUCUCAACUUGAAGGGAGAGAACAAGCCCCCCGGAUUCAUCCCAGCUGGAUUCACUGCCCGUGGUAUUGUCGCUCUUGUAUUCUCUUGCAUUUGCGCGAUCAUGGGAAUGGUUGCCAUUUCGAUUUAUGGAAUGUCUGGUCUCAAGUCCCCUGUAAGAAAACCAGGCUCAAAUUGUGACGAUACAUCCACGGAAAUGGAGGUCACCGAGACUUCAAGGACGUACCGGGAUUAA